AUGUUGGACGUUUACGAGGAGGUACGAGCGACGAAGCUCUGGGAACGUUAUCGGCGGGUCGGAUCAAUUCUCCCAGACCGAGACGGCCCAGAGGGGCAACACGUGCGUCGGUUUAACACAAGCGUGGCCACCUUUUGGGACCGGUACGGGCAACAACUCUGGGAGCGGACUUACGCCCCGUUCGGCAACGCCAACCAUCUGGAACCCCUGUUCCAUCAGGUCUUUAACCUCCAUGUCGAGUUGCAGCUCUUGAUCAACAACACCGACUACGACGACACCCUUGUCCACUUCCUGUGCUUCCCGCACCCGGCUUGGCCAGUCUUGUCACUCAACCCGCCAACGCCAAAGAAGAUCCUAGCGGGCGACCCAGGGUGGAGCGCCAUCGUGAUGGACUACUGGGUGAAUCGAUCGGUUCGAUUCUGGCCCGAAGUUCCGCCGAUCCCGCACUCGGGAAAGACAGGGAACGAAGUUUGGUACCGGCUUGGGCGACUGUAUCGAGGAACUUCAUCGACGCGGGGUGCCCAUGGCGUAACAAACCACGACCUUUUGAGUCGCGAAUGGACGAACGAGGUGAUCGCUCCAAGAACAACGUACUCGUGGAACGGCCAGAUAGCCAACGUGGCCUUUUGGAAAGACUCCCCCUUGCGGCGCGCCCCCAUGAUGGACAUCCUCGACUUGGACAACUCCGACUCCGACUCCAAGGAAAAAGACGACGCUCCGAACUACAGCGCCAGCGAAGGGGACGACGGAUACAACGACGAAGAUUGA